UCUACAAUGGCGUUUGCAGCCCUGAAAGAAGAGCUGACUUGCUCCAUCUGCUUGAAUAUCUAUGCAGAUCCCGUAUUGCUGAGAUGUGGGCACAACUUUUGCCGCUUCUGCAUUGAUCGUGCGCUGGAUUCACAGGAGGCGUUUGGACUCUAUAGCUGUCCUGACUGCAGAAGAGAAUUCCCGGAGCGUCCUGCAUUGCAAAGCAACCUCAAACUACGCAACAUAGCAGAAUAUUUCAAUUCUACUCAACCAGCGCAAACAGAGACGGAGGUAUUCUGCUCCAACUGUUUAGACGCUCCUGUGCCCGCUGUAAUAUACUGUCUGCACUGUGAGGUUUCGCUGUGUGAUAACCAUCUGAGAGUCCACAGCAAGUCUCAAGAACAUGUCUUAAUGGAGCCCUGUAGUUCCCUGAGGGUGCAGAAAUGUCUGUCUCACCACAAAGCCCUCACGUACUAUUGUUGUGAUGAAAACAUCUGCAUCUGCGUAUCAUGUUUGCUGAAUGAAAAACACCGGGAACAUCAGGUGAUCGGUAUAAAUGAAGCAUUUAGGAAGAAAAUGGACAAACUGAGAAGUGUAAUGGCAAAGGAGGCCUUAAUGACAGAAGAUGUUGAGGAAAAAAUCCAAAAUCUUCAGACGCACAAAAAGAACACAUCGGCAAAGACUGCACGCUUAACACAGCACGUUAAUGUCACCUUUAAGAAAAUCAAAAGGCAGUUGGAUGACCUAGCAAAGAGAGUCCUGUGUGAGAUCGCAAGACGCGAAGAGCAGACCUCACUGUCCAUCUCUGAUCUGAUCCAGCAACUGGACUUGAAGAAGGAUGAACUGUCCAGGAAGAUGCGUCACAUGGAGAAACUGUGUAACAUGACCGAUCCGCUAAGUUUCCUACAGGAUCAAAAAGCUGAUGUCAAUUACUUCUUUGACCCAGAGUUGAAAGAGCUGUGUGAGAGAGUUGUUAAAAUGACCAAUGCUGUUAAUGACUCGGAAGAGAGUGAUCUCAGAAUGGUACAGGUGGGUUUGUCUGGAAUUAUGGGCGAUGUCGGUAUAACAAAAGAUCUUCUGACCAAAGAAGCUACUGAGAUGUUAUUAGACGUCAACACCUCUGCCAACUAUGAUGUUGGCAUAAAAAAAUAUCUUACGUCGAAAGAAGCUACUGAGAUAUUAUUGGACAUCAACACCGCUGCCAACAACGUCUGCCUGUCUGGUGACUUAAAAACUGUAUCUUGUGCAGAAGUACACCAGAAUCGCCCAGAAACAACCCAAAGAUUUGAAGAAUGCAAAGUAUUAAGUACUAGGAGUUUUACAUCAGGUCAACAUUACUGGGAUCUGGAUACCUGCAAAUCAGGGCAUUGGCGAGUGGGCGUGGCCUAUGCGAGCAUGGAAAGAAGGGGACCUUUCUCUUUAAUUGGGAAGAAUGAGAAGUCCCUGGGUCUACGAAGGUCUAGUGACAGCUACUUUCUAAGAUUUAACGAUAGAGAAAUCAGGAUAUAUAACAAACCUGUGUGUGACAAAAUCAGAGUAUAUCUUGAUUAUGAUGCUGGGCAGUUGUCCUUUUAUCAGCUGAGCGACCCCAUUGCUCACAUACACACGGUCACUACCACCUUCACUCAGCCCCUUCAUGCUGCGUUUGCAGUUUAUGAUGAUGGGUGGAUCACAUUAAGAAACUAAGGGUGAUGCCUAAUGACUUACAUGACUCAAUGGUGAUAUCAGCAGGUAAUUUCCCACACACUAACUAAACUAGAGCUGAGCUCCCAGCAUUCCCUGCUUGUUCAGUGUCUGCACAUUGCUUUCUCUGGGAGUAAACUGCUCAAUGAACCUUAAGUUCAUAUCACCCCCUCAUGAUACAUGACCAGAAGAUGAAAAAUAAAAAUAAAGAACUAGAACACAAUGCAAUCAAGUUCAGAUGGACAAAGUGUAAACUACUAGUGGUGUUUGGUCAAUGAUCACACAACCAAGAAGGUGCCCCCUUUAUUUUGAGUUCUGCAUCAGGGUACAUGUUGAAGCAGGGUAACACUGAUGCAGCAUCAUUAGCCCCAAGGCAAAACCUGCUUUCAUCACAGAACACUUUUGUUUGCCAUUGAUGGACGCAUCAGAGUCUGCAGGAGGGCUGGAGAGCACCUACUGCCAUCAUGCACGGUGCAAAGAAACACAGGACCACUACUGGGUGUCACGGUAUGGAGCGCCAUUAGCUGCCAUACCGUUCCCAUCUCGUAUUCGUGGAGCACUGAUCAACCUUCAAUAUGUCCAGGACAUUGUGAAACCAGUCCUACUGCCUUUUUUUGACUCUGGAGACGUGGUGUUCCAACAAGAUAACGCCGUCCACACACUGCCCGGGCUACCCAAUGUGCUCUUCAGAGUGUCCAGCGUCUCCCCUGGCCAGCUCGAUUGCCAGAUCUCUCCCAAAUCAAGAAUACCUGGGACUGGAUGGGGCGACAGAUCUCCCAUGGUACACAAGCGUAUUCAGCCCAGGAAACAUGCUCCAUGUGGGAGCAGUAAUUCCUGUACUGAACACUGCUCAUCUGAAGUGAACCCUCAGCAUCGUGAUUUAUGAUGCUGUGAAUUUCCAUCUCACCACUGGUCCACUGAACUAUAGUCAUUGCAUUAUGUGAGUAAAGUUCAGUAGACCUAUGGCAAGAUGGGAAUUGAUAGCAUCAUAAAUCAUUACGAUGCUGUGAGUUCACUUCAGAGAAGUAGUGUUCAGUCCGGGAAAUUCUGCUCCCACACUGAAUAUGGUCAUGUGAAACUGUCCUUAGAGUAACCAGCCAUUCAGUGCCAGACAGCUGAGAUAAUCAUGUUAAUGGGUGCAUGGUUUUGUGACAAGCUUUUUUUGGAAACUUUGCACAGUCACUGCAUGUGUCCUAAGUUCUCCUAACCCUUAUUGUGGGUCAGUGCUGGUCCCAACAAAUCCUGGGGCUGCGACGGUGGAGUUGAAAGGUGUGCUGACCCUCUUUUCCUCACAAACAACCUACGAAAUUCUGCAUCAAUGUUUUUUGUUUUUUUCAUAUCUUCUGUGAUGGUUUCUAGAGAAAUAUGAUGGCUAUACACUUUGGAAUACAGUAAUACUUUAAAAAUAACUGAAAUGAAUAAAUGGAUGAAACAUAUAGCACAUGCUGUUUGCCUAUACGGAUCCAUCUGACAAAUGCAUUGAAAUACUGGAUCCAUCUCUCCGGUGUCAUCCAGAAAAACGGAUCAGGUAUAAAAAUUUUGGGCAU